AUGGCAUUAAAACGGUUCUUUUCAUUGGAAGAACGAUUUAAGAAGAAUCCAGCACUAAAGCAAGAGUAUGUGAACUUUAUGCAAGAGUAUAUCAAGCUGGGUCAUAUGAAGGAAGUUAAUGAGAAACCAAAGACAAAGGUAUAUUAUUUGCCGCAUCAUGCAGUUAUUAAAGAAGACAGCACGACAACAAAACUUCGAGUGGUUUUUGAUGCGUCCGCAAAAAAGACAUCAGGACAAUCACUGAAAAGUAUUAUGAUGACAGGUCCUACAUUACAAAAGGAUUUAUUCAUUCUAUUAUUACAGUGGAGAAUGUUUAAAAUAGUUUUUACGGCUGACAUUGAAAAAAUGUAUCGUCAAAUACUGAUUCAUCAUAAUGAUAGAGAUCUUCAACGAAUUUUAUGGAGAAACGAUCAGAAAAAACCAAUAAAAGAAUACAAAUUGAGCACGAUUACAUAUGGUACUGCAUCAGCACCAUAUCUUGCCAUCAAGACAUUGUUUAAGCUAGCAGAAGACGAGAGAAUUAAUUAUCCUCUGGCAAGUGAAAUCUUAAAUGAAAAAUUUUAUCUAGACGAUUGUUUGGGAGGCGCUAAUACGAUUAAAGAGUGUAAACAAGUACAAGAAGAGUUAAUCCAAUUAUUGCUGAAGGGAGGUUUUAACUUAAGAAAAUGGGCAUCAAACGAACCGGAAAUGUUGACGAAUAUCCAGAUAAAAGACAUUGAACCAGGGUUAGAGAUGCAAUUUAACAACGACCGAGCGAUUAAAAUUUUAGGAAUAAAAUGGUGUCCUAAACUGGAUCGAUUUGAAUUUAAAAUAAAUACCACGUCAUUCAGCUCAAAAUACACAAAAAGAGCAAUUCUAAGUGAUGCUGGAAAACUAUUCGAUCCAUUUGGUUGA